GGUGACCAAAUCAUCAGCUCAACAGGUGAGCCAGCUGGAUAGAGAGACAGGACUGGAAGAAAGAAGAUGGGCCCCGUCCCCUGGUUUGCCCUGGCCGCCUUUGGCUUCCUGAUCACUGGUCCAUGCCUAAAAGGCGUGGAAGCAACGUCUUGCCGUAAAGGAUGGAUGUCCUACGGAAAGUACUGCUAUGGAUUUUUCCCAACUAAAAUGUCGUGGUAUGAUGCAGAGAUUGACUGCCAGAGCCAAGUCACCCAUGGGCACCUCGCUUCUAUUCGUAGCAAAGGCGUAGAAGUUAUGUUGGCCAAAUAUAUUAAGGCCCGUCAGCAAGACUGCCAGAAUGUCUGGAUCGGACUGCAGGAUGACAAUAGGAUGGGACAAUGGAAAUGGUCUAAUGGGUCUCCAACCUUCUACAGGUUUCAAGGCGGUCAACCUAUCCGUUCUCGAAAAAAUGAAUACUGCGCAGUGCUUCCCUGUGACAAAGGUUAUCUUGAGUGGGGCAGUCAACAUUGUGACACCAACAACUCAUACAUCUGCCAGAAUUAGCAUUACUGCAGGCAAUUUCUUCUCCAGUAUUCCCGAAACAACUAUGAGGAACCCAUCCUUUUAGACUAAAGAGCCUUCACAGCUGCCUCCCUUCCUUCCAAGAACCCGGAUCUGCACCCUAAAUUAUAGAGUGUCCUCCUUGUAGAUCGCCUAUCUGUUAACUCGCUUAUGAAUCUUGACUAUGGAACUGGAUAACAACAGUAAACUCUGUC